AACAAACAAACAGGAGAGGCCUGUCUUAUCUCUAAAGGCAGAUUGUUCCACAGUUUUGGUGCUGCUACAGCACAAGCACAAUCUCCUCUAGGUUUAUGCUCAGUUCUGAUUACAUUAAGGGACAGUCAUCAGCUGGCAUCUAAAUACACAUUUAGGGCGACCAAAAACCAUCACCUCAGUCUUUUUGUCAUUGAACAGAUUUAUCCAGAGGAGAGAUGCAUCAGUAAACGAUUUCAUCCUUUAAACCUGAACUCUGUGAACGGCUGACUGUUCCAUGUGCUAAAGAAUAGAAAACAUUAUUUCCCAUCAGACCAUGAGCAACAUUCAGGCAUCUAACACAGUAACACUUUUAUUCUUUACAUAUUCAGCAGAGAGAGUUAGCUGUGUGCACUACUAAAAAAAGGCUGUUCUAAUUCUCAGCACCGCUCCUCUCUUUCCCUGAGUCCUUAGCAAUUCUCCUUCUCACGAUGACGUUUUCCUCGAGGCCAAGGAAAGAGUUUAGGGAAAGGAGAUAGGCGCUAACUUUGAAAUAACAACCCACGUGGUUACGUUGUGCAGCUGAGUCACGUGACCACACAGCCACAAAUCACAGCAGAGCUGGGGAAAGGGGGCGAAGCAAAGUGUGUGUGCAGGAGAGGAGUGUCACUAGUUCACUACCCGAUCCGUACGGAGGAAACCGGAAGAUGGCGGACUGAGCAGUCGCAUCCGUCUGAACUCCUCACUAAAGUCCCGAUGUUUUCAUCUGGAAGUUAUUUAAUCUACUCCUUUGAGUUAUAUUGAUAACGUUUCAGCCCGAACAUGAAGAAAAGCAACAACACGAAACCUCCGGCAGUGAAAAACCUCCCUUUCACAACUCAAAGAAACAGCGAGCAUGACUACUCAGCCCCGAUGGAAACGGCUAAUUCCAGCAGCAACAAGAGGGACAGACUGUUAACAACCCCUGAUAAUACUACCCGAUCCGUACCGGAAACCCGAUCGUUACCCCGCAUGCGCGAAAGGUGUCUACUUCCGGUUGAAGCAUUUUACGAUAGUUACGGUCAGAGUAUCUGUUAAGAUGUUAAGAAUAAUAAGUGUCUCUUAAAAUGUUUACGAUAAUUUGACAUUUAAUAUAAUGUAGACAAAAACAAAAAAAUAAAAAGAUAGUGAUGGAUUGGGACUCCCCGAUACUUACUGCGCACGUGCAAAGUUGGACCGUACAAAUCGGGUUUGUGGGCUCAUCUAAAGGGAUAAAAUACACAUGUAUACUUUUUGUGUCCCAGCUGAGUAACAGGAGGAGAAGAGUGGUGGUGCAGCAGAGGAACAAUUUCAGCCAUUUGGACUCAGCUCAGCCACUACAGAGGAAACAAUGACUUCAACACAAAAGGACCAACAUGGAGCGAGAAGUCAGCGCUCUCAGGAGGCCGACAAACCUCACAGAAGAAAGGGAGAGAAAACAUACACCUGUGACGAGUGUGGGAAGGGUUUUACUGGGAAGGGUUUACUAAAACAACAUCAGGUCAUCCACACUGGAGAGCGACCGUUCAGCUGUGACUUGUGUGGAAACUCUUUUAACCGGGCUGAAACCUUAAAAAGACACCAAGUAAUGCACAGUGGAGUUAAAGCGUUCAGUUGUGACUUGUGUGGAAAGUCUUUUACUCUGGCUCAAAGCCUGAAAACACACCAAGUCAUCCACAGUGGAGUUAAAGCAUACAGUUGUGACUUGUGUGGAAAGUCUUUUACCCAGGCUGGACACCUAAAAACACACCAAGUCAUCCACAGUGGAUUUAAAGCGUACAGCUGUGAGUUGUGUGGAAAGUCUUUUACCCAGGCUGGAAGCUUAAAAACUCACCAACUCAUCCACAGUGGAGUUAAACCUUACAGCUGUGACUUGUGUGGAAAGUCUUUUACCCUGGCUCAAAGCCUGAAAACACACCAAGUCAUCCACAGUGGAGUUAAAGCAUACAGUUGUGACUUGUGUGGAAAGUCUUUUACCCUGGCUCAAAGCCUGAAAACACACCAAGUCAUGCACAGUGGAGUUAAAGCUUACAGUUGUGACUUGUGUGGGAAGGAUUUUACCUCGGCUCAAGGCCUAAAUAAACACCAAGUCAUCCACAGUGGAGUUAAAGCGUACAACUGUGACCUGUGUGGAAAGUCUUUUACUCUGGCCCAAAGCCUGAAAACACACCAAGUCAUCCACAGUGGAGUUAAAGCGUACAGUUGUGACUUGUGUGGAAAGUCUUUUACCCAGGCUGGACACCUAAAAACACACCAAGUCAUCCACAGUGGAUUUAAAGCGUACAGCUGUGACCUGUGUGGAAAGUCUUUUAUCCAGACUGGGAGCUUAAAAACACACCAAGUCAUCCACAGUGGAGUUAAACCUUACAGCUGUGAGUUGUGUGGAAAGUCUUUUACCCAGGCUGGAAACUUAAAAACUCACCAACUCAUCCACAGUGGAGUUAAAGCGUACAACUGUGACUUGUGUGGAAAGUCUUUUACCCAGGCUGGAAGCCUAAAAACACACCAACUCUUCCACAGUGGAGUUAAACCUUACAGCUGUGACUUGUGUGGAAAGUCUUUUACCCAGGCUGGAAGCCUAAAAACACACCAACUCUUCCACAGUGGAGUUAAACCUUACAGCUGUGACUUGUGUGGAAAGUCUUUU